CAUUGUCCACCAGCCCCCCAAGCAGUGGAAAAACGGCGUAACACCCAUCGACCCUCUCUCAGUCGAAGCCAUCCGCGCUUCAGGAUGGAGCCCAGAUAUGGACGAGCUCGCCCGUCAGCCACGCCACGGGCCCAACUACAACCAGUUGCUGCACCUUCUCAAUGAUUUGCAGAAUCAUGCCAGUAGUUGGCCCUUCCUGGUACCCGUUAACAAAGACGAGGUGCACGACUACUACGAUGUCAUCAAGGAGCCUAUGGACUUAAGUACCAUGGAGGACAAGCUUGAGAAAGAUCAAUACAACACGCCCGAGGAUUUCAUUAAGGACGCCAAGCUCAUAUUCGACAACUGCCGAAAGUACAAUAACGAGAACACCCCUUACGCAAAGUGCGCCAACAAGGUCGAGAAGUACAUGUGGCAGCAAAUCAAGGCGAUUCCCGAGUGGUCACACCUCGAGCCUUAGAAGGGUGGAAGUCGUGAGGACCGUCAGAUGGAGGAGCAAGAUGUUGCCCAGCAUGACAAUGACAACUCUGUCACACAUGGCAUAUACGAAAACGUUGUUGCCCAUGUCGACAAUGAUAACGUUGAUGCUGAUCCGGAUUGGAGCGAAAAUCGUCCCGCUACCAGCGCUAACCGCGUCGGUCGACCCCCCAAACGUGGCCGUGGUAGGCCAAGGAUCCACCAGAGAGGGAGAAACACGAACAGGGGCCGUAGCACAUGGACACAGCCCCAAGCUCAGAAAGAACCGAAAGCACAUGAUCAACCAUCUGGAGAGAAGAAGACGGUCACUCCAUUUUUUGAACCCAGGAAAACCCGAGCCACCGCUAAAAAGGAGGAUCUGGUGUUACAAGAGGCGAUCAGGACUAGUACUGAACCUGACAGUCGUCAUGGCAGCCGGGCACUGUCCGCUGGUGCUGACAAAGAAACGGUGAUUAUGAAUACUGGCUUUGAUGCGCGCGCUUCGAAGGCUGGCCCUGAAAAGUCACGUCCCGAUUAUGCAGUACAGCCGUUACAGAAUCUAGAAACAACAAAGAAGCUACCAGACCAGGAACUGGAUGGUGGAAAGAAGACAGGAGGAAAUGGCACUGAGAGUAAUGUCUCGAAUGUGAGCCAAGGCCAUACUCAGGGGUUCAUACAGGCACCAGAGCCCCUCAUCUACCCAGACGGUUUUGGGAAAUGGGAACAGCAAGCUGCGCUAGACCGGUAUGGAGAAGAUGUCCUCUCGGAGUUUCGAGGAAUAUGGCGAGAAAUACUCAAAUCCAUCGACACCGACGCCCCAAAUCGGAGGAGUGCCGUGGACGUAUGGAAGUCGCUGUUGGAUCCCGAUUUGGCUACUCGAUUCCGUGCGUCACUGUCAGCGCGGUAUCGUGAAUACACCAACCGGUGUAAACAAAAGAUGGAGCAGGGAACACCUAAACGAAAUUCCUCCGGACAGCCAGGGAAACGACAACAUGAGGAGGCUGAAUCACCAGAGCAGGACGACUCGCCAGUGCCGCCGCAUCCGAAACGACGCAAGCGUGCGGCAUCGCCUCCAUCUGACAGGUCGAUGCAGCAACAAGAGCAGCAGCAGAACCAGCCAGGGAAACGGCAACACGAAGAGGUUGAAUCACAAGAGCAGGAAGACUCUCCGGUCCCGCAUCCGAAACGGCGCAAGCUUGCAACAUCGUCACAGUCUGACAGUACCUUCUCGGACAGUUCUGGACCGAGACAAGGUUCUGCAUGGCGGAUGAUAAGGGACCCAUAUGGGGAGUCUGUCACGGACCUUCCGCGGAAGCACGAUAUAGAAGCGGAGAGCCCAAGCAAAAAGGUUUCUUUCAGAAUUCGGAAGGAAGGAAUUUCAAAAACACAGACCCAGAGGAAGAACAACCCUAUUGGGACGCGCUAGAAACGACGGGAGGGCCCAUACACAGCGGAAAUGGAGGCUCUCGAGGACGAGCGAGCGUUUAGCGCAAGAGAGUGGGAUAGUCUUGGUGCGGAUAUGGCGUAGACAUGCAGUUGGCGGUUUUCGCUUUCUUUUCGUUUUAUACCCUUUUUCGGUGGUUGAAAUCUAUUAUGAUUUGCAGAGGAUGAUUUGAGUUAUAGCCAUUAACUAGCGUGAAGGUAGUACUUUUCAUCUAAAUAUCUUUCUUGAGCCAU